AACACAACAUCGCGUUUUAUAUAUAUAUAUAUAUAUAUAUAUAACGAAAGUGGUAAACAAACAUACAGCCGGUCUAAUGACUCGUGCAAAUUUCUCCACGACCGUUCUGAUUAUAAGCACGGAUGGCAGCUGGAGAGAGAAGAGGUGCAAGUGGCGGCCACUGGGGACGACUCCGAUUACGAAGUCCACAGCGAUGAGGAGCUGCCCUUCCGCUGCUUUAUAUGCGCUAUUGGACCUCAUUACUAACAAUUUUUUGACAAACAUUUCUGACUUGCAAGAGAAUUAUUCCUUGAGAAAUAAACAAAAAUAUUUGAAGGAAUUUUGUUUAUUUUACUUCAUCGGUGUAAUAUAUGGUCGGCAGACACCAGGAGCCACUGACGUACGUACUAAUGCUGCUGUUGAAAGGGUAUUUCCACUAAGGAAUGAUUAUUGGAACAGUGAGAAGUCGCAACUAUCUGUAAAAACAACCGUCGUCUUAACAGUCAAAUUUAAUAUGCAAAAUCAAAGUUGUUCGGGUGUGGCUACAUUAUUAGACGAACAUCCUCAUUUAGCAAAAAAUAUCCACUCCGAAGAGAAAUAGGUUUUUAAA